AUGGAUGUCCCCAGCUGCCUCUCUCCGAGCCACAAUUCUCUCCACGCGUCCCUGAGCCCCCACAGAGCCGAGCCGCUGCUUCAGGGGCCUUUCCGCUCCUGCUUGGUCCGCCAGUCCCAGCGCCAGUCCCCGAAGAAACGAGUGGUAUUCGCUGACAUGAAGGGGCUGCCCCUGAUCACCGUGCACAAUUUUUCUUGUGAUAUACAACAUAGCGAGAAACUGCCAUCCUCGAGCAGUGUGCAGCAACUGAUGCCAGCUGGCCCCACCGAAGUAUCUAGCUAUACCCUUGGUUUCUCUCAACCCUUCCUUGACUAUGAUCGUUUCAACAGGUGUCUGGAAACCCAGAAGGUGUGCCUAGAACGGUGUGACAUUCGGGGACUCUUCUUGCAAGGAACAGUUCAGGUGCACAACGUGGGAUAUGAGAAGAUUGUGGUAAUACGCAUCACUUUCAAUGCCUGGACCUCUUUCUUUGAUUUGCCCUGUGUUUAUAUGUGUCAUUUUUUCCCAGGUGACACGGACAUCUUUUCUUUUCAGGUGGAACUGCCCAGUGGUCCCCCAGGCCCAGAUGGCACCAUCCAGUUCUGUUUCUACUUUCAGUGUGCUCAGCAGAUUUACUGGGACAAUAACCAGGGUUAUAAUUACUCCCUGAAGCCCUCUGACUGCUUUCCUAUGAACUUUGUUAGUGAGCAAAUUUCUUUGUCUCCCCUUUGAGCCUCCACACAUGGGCCAUCUAUUUACUUUGCACACACACCUGGAGGUUUUCCUUGUACUAGCAGGGCUUGUACCUGUUUGGAUUAAGAAGGAAUGUUUUCUUUCCAAUGGUUUCAAUCUUUUCUGUUGCUACAGUAAGACCAA